CUGGUCUUCAAGGAAUGAGCAGCUGCCUUCUCCGGUGGACAUGUCAUCUUCAUUGGGUUUACAUAUUGUAGAUCCAAGAAUUUUAAGUGAUCAAGUAGGAGAUGUUCAUUCUCUUGUACCACCCAUCUCUCUCACAGCUCCCCCUCCUCGACAUACUACAAUGGCAUCCAUCUCUCAAGAUAAUCUUUAUUCUAAUCUCGCAACUUUCACUUUUGGUGAAGCUCGCACAACUUCACCAGACGACGAAUCACCAGAUGCAAUCAGCCCGCUCACACCAAUAACACGCACAGGCGCUGAUAGGACACCUCGUCCAUCCGUUUCAACUUUUAGCAGUCAUCCUUCGCAGGGUCUAGGGCGCCCAGCUUCAACUUCCUUUCCAUCAUCUUCACGCUCUCAAAGAUCAUACAGAACUGAGCAUACAGAUGAAGAAAGCAGCGAAGAUCCCUCAUCACCCGAUCUCCACCCGAGACGCGGCUUUCAAAGAGGUCGUUUCAUCACAGACAACGUCAGCCAGCACACAUUUGGCCAUCCGGCAGUAAGCUGCUCAGCAGCCUCAAUCACUUCCUCCCGCUCAAGCUCACGUGCAAGUCUCCGCUCAGACCUUCAGUUUAGCAGUGACGAGGAAGUAGAGAUCGCUUCAUACGACGGAGGUUCCUCGCCUGUCACUUUCGCCCGUGACCUCGAUAACAUCGACGAGAACGAGAAUAGCCCUAUCUUCCAUCCUCGUCCCCUCUUCGCAGAGCCCCGUCGUGGUAGCCUCCCAAUGGCAAUCCCAGGUGCCAUAUCAGAUGCAGGCAGCAAUCGCAGUCGCGAAGACAGCAUACUCACCAUCCGUCGUCCAUCUCGCAGCCUCGACGACGACUUUAUGUCUUCCCAUAGCGGAGAAGAUCCAGCUGCUGUUAUACCACGCAGCGAACCCCUCACUCGCGCUGAUUUUCGUUCACUCGAGGCGCAGGCGCAACAGCAGCAGUCAGAACCAGAUACAUGGGCAUCAGGCUGGGACCUGACCUAUGUUCUCUCGAGAAAGAGCGAAGGAAGCAUCCGGUCCGUCCGAUCGACUGCGCAGCUCUCCUUUCUCGCUCCCGGGCCUGCACGCAACAGCGGCGAAGCCUCUUCUUCUCGUCUCUCUAAUAUGUGGGGCGGCAGCGGACGCCGUACGAGCACCGGUACACUCCACAGCGGCGAAGAUACCUUUGGCAGGCAUAUCGGCAUGUACGACACUCAAAACCCCUGGGGUUUUUUUAGGGAAAAGGCGGACGCCCAGCCUGCCCCUACCGUACGCCGUUCGAACGCCCAGGCAGGCGCCUCAAUAAUUGUGGACAAGGUAAAGCACACCAUGUACCCUGGCACACAAGAAAUAUGGAGGAGCGGGCACGUCGGUCGAUAUCGAGUUGACAGACUCGUAUUCAAACCAUCCACAGCAGACCCAGCCAAAGCCGCCCAACAACGCAUCAACGUCCGGCAUAUCCCCGAUCCCUUCCUCAAAGGCCCCAAGACAGCCGGGCCGAGUACCGUCAUCCAUAAACAUUCUCGCGCAACUGCAUUCUCCAUAUUUCGCUCAUAUACACUUUUUACGGCUAAACGCGCUGGGACUGGAUCUCGCAACAUCCAUAUGCAUACGAGCGGGGGAAUCAUGCUCGCGCCGAAGAAGGUGCAGGAACAAUAUACAAGUACGAAAACGACGAGUAAACUUGAUACGCAUGGGUUACUUGAAGAUGGAUCGCGCAAGGCCAUCGGAAACACGAACGGGAAUGGGAACGGUGAUAAAUCGCGUCGUGGCACGCUUCUUGAAAAGGAAAAACGGCGGGAGAAAGAAAAGGAAGAUGCAAAGAAAGCGAAAGCGAAAGCCAAAGAAAAAAAGAAAGAAUUGAAGAAGAAUAGUGACCGUGACCGCGCGAGUAAUGCGACAGAGGGUGCGGAGUCGAGCACGGCGACGAGUAGUGGAGGGAGCAUCAACGCUUCUCAAGUGACACCUGCACGAGCUACGACGUCCAAGAUCACAUUCGUGCCUUCGAUCAAGUCUCCUGUAACGGCCCAGUCAACAAGCGGACCGUCAUCCCCAGAGACCUCAUCAACAUUCGACCACUCCUCUAGGAAACUCCAGUCUGAUUCGUCUACAUCUGUGGCGACCUCGCACAUCCGCGGUCAUCGGGGCAGCAUCGAUUCCGACGAAUACCUCCCCACACGUACCCCGCACGCUGAAGCAUUCGGUACCCUAGACCCGAACGACAUCGAGCACCUCCGACGCGCCCAAAAGCCCACCGACGGCAGCAGCAGCCUUGCGAACCGUAUAUUCCGACGCUUCCGAGGCGCAGCUAACCGAGCAGACAACAUCACCCAACCAGUUGCGACACCCCAAAACGCUUAUAGUCCCCCGUGGAUCGUCACUGCUGGCAGAGACCAGAACGAGGAACAUGUACGUGUGCUCACGGAUCUGAAUAAUUCGUUUAGGGAUGUUGGGUUGUUGCAUACGCAGCCGAGUCAUAGGGUGGGGAAGGGUGUGGGUGUGGGUGCGGGAGGGGCGAAGAAGAGGGCGGUGACACCUGAUAUUUUUGAUUAUAUCCCGGAGGACUCGCUUUAUAUGCUUCUGCCGCUUUGGGCGGGGGAAACAGAUCCGGGUGGAGGAAGUGGUGUAGGGAGUGGAAGCAUCAUGGCGGAGAGUAGCAGCAGCAGCGAAGCUAGCGCCUCCACGAAUGUGACGACCGCUACGACAGCCACGAGUGCCACACUCCUCGCAAUUCCCGAAGACCGUCAAUUCCUCCUCGUCUGGUACGUCCCCUUCGAAGAUGAGAAAAAAAACCCUUCCUCCUUCAAUUCUAAUUCCAACUGCAAUUCCGCAUCCUCAACCGCCGACAAGAAAAAACUCAAACAAGCGCAUUCGACAAGCGACCCUAACGCUGAAUCUAACCAAAAGAAUGUUUAUUUGAGAAAUUUUCGGGUUAAUGCGCGGUUGGUGGGGUAUGAUGAAUUGAGGGGGACGGGGAUUAGGGUGCCUAGUGAUGGGUUGGCGGUCGUGGCGCCUACUUUGGAUGUUGGGAGUCUUGGUGGGGUGCGGAAUCGGGAGGAAUCAAAAUCACAGCCAGCACCGGAGUCAGGGACAGGAGCGCUAGGACUCGAAACCUUCACGAUCUGCAUGUGCAGCUCUCGUGAAAACGGGUUUCAUUUCCAAUCCGAGGGGCUGUCCAAGCUUGGGUUGUGCCUCCAAGAAGAGGUGGCGUUGCCUGCUGUUAAUAACCCUCAGGCUGUUUAUUUGGAGAUUCCGACAUCGGAGAUGAGGCACUUGUUGACGCCGGUUGGGAGGGCUGCUGUUGAGAUGGUUUGGUUGGGGUGUUUGGCUAUCACUAGUUUUGGGCCGUAUUGAGGUGGGAGGGGGUAAGGAGUGUGUUUUUCUUUCCUUGUAUCUUUCUGUGUCGUCGUCGUUGGCAUCCUAGGGGCUGGAGUUAUUUAUUUCCCCCUUCAUCCGCAUCUUCCUUUCCCAUUCCAUCU